AUGGCAGUUGUGGCAGUAGGUUCGGUGGUAGUUCCUGGUUUUGUAGAGGCUGCCCGAUUGUUUGAUUCGGACGUGAUUAUGGCAGCUGAGGUUUCUGAAGUUAUUAUGUCGGACGUAGUAGCUGUUGCCUCUGCAGCACCCCCGGGGCAUAUAUCCCCUGCAGCGUUGCAAGCUGAGGCAACGUCAAAAAGCUCUGGUCGUUUGUCUAUGUUUCUUGUUGAGUCACAGCAAAGGCAUGAGGCAGCGGCUUCUACUGGAGCGUUGGCAGGGACCUCUGUGCUGCAAUGCAUCAAGACAGACGAGACUGUAGCACAAGCAGCCCCUGCUAGUACUUUCGGGUCAUCGGCGACUGCAAAAUUUGGAAAGUCAGGAUACGAGAAUGAAGAAGGAGUUAGGAAGUGA